GUCCGUGUAAUUUUUAACAAUUUUCUAAUAAUUUGACACAAACAAAUCAAAUGGACAAUAUACCUCAACAGUCUGAUGAAAUAGAGGCACUUAAGUCAAUUUACGACGACCAAUGGGUUAUAGAAGAUAUUGAAUCUACAUAUAGCAUAGAAAUUGAUAAAAAUAUUAAGCUCUAUAUUACUUUAUCGCCUGAUUAUCCCUCUGAAAAACCGCCAAAUUAUGAAUUGUUAGCACCAACUUUAAGUGCGAAACAAAAAGACUUGGUAGCUGAAAAAUUUCAAGAAAUAUACAACGACAAUAAGGGAGAGCCUAUUAUUUUUCAAUGGAUAGAACAAUUAAAAGAAAUUGCAGUUCAAAAAGAGUCAGAUGAGAGUGGUAGUACUAAAACAGAUAAAUUGGAUAUUUUGGAGGAAAUUGAAUCACUGAAAAUUAGUACUAAGUUAAUGGAUAUUUUACAUGGCCCUACAGUGGUAGAUAGGAAAAGUGUUUUUCAAGCACACACCUGCAAAGUAUUUAGUGCACAAGAUGUAAAGGAUUUUAUGGGUUUAUUAUUGGAAAAUAGGAGUAUAGCAAAGGCAACCCAUAAUAUAUCUGCCUAUAGAGUUAUUCUGCCCAAUAAUUCAAUACUACAGGACUGUGAUGAUGAUGGUGAAAGUCAUGCUGGUGGGCGAUUAAUGCAUUUAUUGCAAAUUUUGAAUGCUGAAAAUGUUAUGGUGGUGGUAACAAGAUGGUAUGGAGGAAUACAAUUAGGACCAGAUAGGUUUAAGCAUAUAAAUAAUGCUGCAAGACUUGCAAUGCUUGAAGCUGGAUUCAUAAAGUCAUGAUAAAUAUUGAUAUAAAAUUGUUUAGGUA